AUGAUAUUAAUCGCAUUGUCGUCUCGUGUUUUCAAAGCCGAUGAGCUGCUUGUACAUGGGUUCCCUUGUUUUAACUUUGUUCAUUCUUUUAUCAUGAGCGGUCCAGGCUUUGUAGGAAUAAAGUUUUGUCCAGAAUGUAACAAUAUGUUGUACCCGAGGGAGGAUAAGGAACACCGACAGCUGAUGUACGCAUGCCGAAAUUGUGACCACAAGCAGAUUGCCGACAAUCCAUGCAUUUACGUCAACAAAUUAGUGCAUGAGGUGGACGAAUUGACACAAAUUUGCGCAGAUGUGGUUCAUGAUCCCACUUUACCAAAAACGGAAGACCAUCCAUGUCCGAAAUGCGGUGGAACCCAAGCAGUGUUCUUCCAAGCGCAAACUCGGAGAGCUGAGGAGGAGAUGAGGUUGUACUAUGUAUGUAUGGAUACCACCUGUAGUCAUCGUUGGACGGAAUAGUUUUGUCUUGGGAUUGUUCUGCUCAUUGUAUGUAUCUAUUCGUCGUUGAUUUGGAAUGUUAUAGUCUUUGUAAAUGAAUCUUUGUUCGCAUUUGGA